AUGGUCAUACUGACAUCCACCAAUUUGAAGUCCAAGAGAAAAGCAACAUCUAGAACAGUUAGCUUCAAGAAAACUGAUUUGAGCAAAGCCAACAAGUCUCAUGGGCUGGAAAAAGUGAUUUCUCAAGAACCUAUAAGCAGCAAGAAAAGGAAAACAGGAGAGCUAAAUUUGAGGACAGGUGAUUCAUUGAAGACUACACAGGAAGAACCUGAUAGUUUCAUUGAGAAGUUCAAUCCAACAAGUUCUUUAACCAAGCCAGAAGAUUGGUUUUCUCCCCUGUCCCCAAGGGAGCUUGAUGCAGCUGCAAUCAAGCUGCAGAAAGUUUACAAGAGUUACCGAACUAGACGAAACAUUGCAGAUUGCUCUGUGGUUGCUGAGGAGCUAUGGUGGCAGGCAUUAGACUUUGCUGCUCUUAGGCGAAGCUCUGUGUCCUUCUUUGGUUCUGGUAAAUCAGAAACUGCAGUUUCAAGAUGGGCAAGGGCUAGAACAAGGGCUGCCAAGGUUGGGAAGGGUUUGUCCACGGAUGAGAAGGCUCCGAAAUUAGUUCUAAGACAUUGGCUUGAGGCUGAAGACAACAUUGAGAAUCCAUAG